AUGAACACCCAAGGAACGUUCCAAAACGGAAGAGCUAAUAACAACAAGGGAGGACUUGGAGCUGGAGGGGGGGGAAACUCCAAUUUGAACCCAACUUUAAAAGGCACCCCCCAGUAUAACAAACAGCCAAGUAGCCAGUCCCCACAGUACCCUCAUCCGUACGCCACGAAAAAGAACUCCCUUAAGGGGGGCGUGAACUACGGCAACAGCGGUGGCCAAAUGCCCAGUGCGCCAAACAAAAAUUGUGGCUUUCCUCCUGGAGGUUAUGCGGGCGUAGGGGCUAGCGCCCCAAAUGCCCUACCUCCCCAAGGUGCGAUACCACCACCAAGUGGCCUACCACCCCAAGGUGUCAUACCACCACCAAGUAACAUUCCACCACCGUCUGGAAUGCCGCCCCCGAGUACCAUCCCCUUCAUGAACAAAAACUUCAACCUUGGAAAGACGCCACCAGUACCAAGUUACCCGAACAACAACGCUAUAAAUCCCCCCCCACCAGCUGCACCUCCCCUCGCACCAAUCGUCCGACCACCGGUAGGACCACCAGUAACACCACCCCCCGUUGCACCUCCAGUGGCCCCCCCAGUCGUACCCCCAGACAAUAAUUGCAUUAUGAUGGAGGGUGGGCCAAGCAUGUUUCCAGUCCACAACAAUUUAAAGAGCAAGAAUCCAAACAUGUAUGUCAACCCAGGCGGAAGUAAGUACCACAUAGGGAUGAACCCUUCUCCCCAGCCGAUGCCCCCCCCAAGUGUGCGAAUAAACAAUUUUGCCCCUUGCCCAACGGGUCCAAAUAAUAUUCCCGUAGGAGGGAAUAGCUUUCACAUGCAGAGAAAAAAUCAGAUGAUGCCCCCCUCUCAUGGUGGUGAGAAGAACAACCUCAUGAUGCUUGACAUAACACCUGGAUUAAAUAGUGCAGAGAAUUUAUGUAGAGAUGUAAAAAAAGACGAUGGUAUUUUUGGAGGAAAUUUCAGAGGUCCUCCUCCCCCUUAUGGUAGGCCUAUACAUACACCGUACGGUAUGAGCGGUGGCCAUAUGUUCCAGGGGGAACCAUAUCCUGGGGAAAAUUAUCCAGGGGAAGGUUACCUUGGGGAAGGUUACCUUGGGGACGGGUACCCAUUGGAUGGAUACCCUGGCGAAGUGUACGAGGGCGACCUUACCAAAAAGGGAGGCGUAAAGGGAGACCAGAAAAACGAAGGAAAGGGAAGUGUGGUGACAUGCAACAUAAACGUGGACGGAAGGGAACGACUGCAAAAUGAUUACAAUCAGAACUUUGUAAACACAGGAGAAAGGCCACAGAAUUUUAUUAGAGACAGUGACGAAAACAAGAGGUUUGAUAAAUACCCUAAGCUCAAACAAUUGCUAGAAUUGAAAAAUGUUAUAAUAAAAAAAAGGUCCACCCCAGCAAGGUACAUAAAUUGCGACCUCAGGACAUUCGACUUGGGAACGUUAGGAACAAAAUUUGAUGUCAUCCUUAUCGACCCACCUUGGAAAGAAUACUACGAUAGAAAAAUUCACAACCUAGACUUACUGAACAGUAUGCAUAUAGAGAAUUAUGAUUUGAAUGGAGAUAUAAAUAAUGAUAAGGAUAAGUACUGGACCGUGGAUGAUCUAGCCAGUUUAGAAAUUGAUAAAAUAGCAGAUGUGCCUUCCUUCCUCUUUAUUUGGUGUGGAGUCACACACCUCGAGGACGCUCGAAUUUUGUUAAGCAAAUGGGGUUACCGUAGAUGUGAAGACAUAUGUUGGUUGAAAACAAAUAUAAAAGAAACUAAUAAAAAAAUAAAAUACCUGAACGAAAUAAACAAUGAAAACUCAUACCUUCAGAGAACCACUGAACAUUGCCUCGUUGGCAUUAAGGGAGCUGUUAGACGUUCCUACGACAUCCAUUUUAUUCAUGCCAACCUGGACACAGAUGUUAUUAUAGCAGAGGAAACAGACGAAAAUAUAUAUAACAAUAAUAAGCCCGAGGAACUCUAUAAAAUUAUUGAAAAAUUCUGUCUGGGAAGGAGAAAAAUUGAGCUUUUCGGUACGAACAGGAAUAUUCGGAAUGGGUGGCUCACUUUGGGAAAGAAUUUGGGUACCACUUUGUUCAAUAAGGAGGAGUACACUGGGUGGUUCGAGGGGGACAUCGCCUGGCCCGAGGCCACUUCCUAUGUGGGUGGCAAGUAUAUGGGCACCACGACGGAGAUUGAGAAUCUGCGCCCCAAGUCUCCCCCGCGGAACACCACCUAG